GCGUCUGGUUCCAUUUGAUACGAGUAGUUAACAAAAAUCAAGGAGACCCCAUUCUUCCUUCCUCUUUCCUCUUUCCUCACCCCUCACCAUUAACACCACCGAUCUUCACCCAACAAAAUAGCCAAACGUUAAACUGGUUUUGUCCCUAAUCUUUCCUUCUUUUCCUUUGUGAUCAAUCCCGGUUUUGAAGGCCAGCAACAAAGAUUAAGUUUUUGUGUUGGGAGAGUAAUUACUAUCUAGCAUUGCAGGGCAAGAAUGAGCACCAAGGUUAAGGGCCUCUUCAAAGGCCUACGCUACAUUUCCCAAAUCUUCGAUGAGCAGAAAGAACCAGAGAUGCAGAUUGGCCAUCCUACCGACGUGAAGCAUGUCUCCCACGUAGGAUGUGACCGCCCCUCCGUUGAUUCACCCAGCUGGAUGACCGGGUUCAAACCCCCACAUGAACAAGGAGCUCAACCCGCAUCGUCGUCGUCCGCCAAUGGGAAUCGCUGUGAGAAUCCAGAAACCAAAGGCGUCUCCCAAGAUUCAAAUUCAACUCGAAAGUGUCCAAGAUCACAUAGUCGUCCGGCAAAGGAGUAUUCGGAGGUGCCUGAAUCAUCAGCUAGACACCAUUCCCACGCCGAUGAUUCUUCUACAGCAGAAUGUUCAACCCGAGAGCCAUCCGACAAACCAAAGCAACACAGAAAAAACCCUAAUCGGAAACCCAAGAAUCCGACCCUCAAGUCGGCAGACUGCUCGUCUCAAGACCCCUCAAACGUCCCUAAGAAAUCUCAACGGAAGAAGCCCAAAGAGUUGUCCGGCGAGGGUCCGAAAAGACCAUCCAAGCCAGGAGCCAACGCUUCGACCUGCACAUAAAUCUCCAAGUCCGGAUCCUGGAACCGACGCUGAACCCGAACCUAGAUCCAUCAGCGGUUCCCUUAAUCCAACUUCCAUGGGUUAAAUUGAAAUUGAUAAGCCUCCUAUCCUAAUCUUCCGAGGAAAUGCAUAAAUUACCGAUAGAGCUCCGGAAAUUUUGUCAUGUAAUUGAGCCUCGACCCAUUAUAUCUUAAAUUGUAAAAAUCUUGGCAAAUUGGGCCCGCCACUAACAUAUAUCACGAUGCAAUUUGUGUGCAUUUAUCAUAGUUGCACGUGCGAGAAACCCGCAUUCCACGCGUUUGCUCGCUCUCGUCACGUGAAGACAGACAGUAUUUGACUUCAUGAGAAAUAAUUUAUAUUAGAAUUAACAAUAUGUGACAAAAUAGAAUUAUAAAUUUUAUAUGUUUAUAUACAACUUAUUAAUUUUAGUAAAUAAUUCUAAAAUUACUGAGUGAAACGCGCUCCUUAGUUCCCCUUGAUUCUUUCUAUUUAGAUUCAGCGAGAAUAUUUUAUUAACUUUUUUUUUUUACUUUUACAAAAUAAAUAUAAUCGAAU